AUAAUGAUUGACAUAGUGAUUGGCAUUAGAAACCUGAAGGAAAAGCAUGUCAGUGAUGAAAAACGUCGUCUUUCGUUAUCUGAUGUCAUCGACUAUGAAAAAGUGAUAUGUGAAAAUGCACAUUUGCGUGCCAGUGAAGAGAAAUUGACAAAAGAGAUUGCUCUACUUGAACAGAAACGCCGAGAAAAUGAAAAACUGAACUGCGAAAAUCUAAAACUGAACAACGAAAAUAUAAAACUGAACAACGAAAAUCAAAAACUGAACACUGGUUUAAAGGAAUUCGAAGACGAAUUACAAGAUUUGAAGUUUGAGUUCCGUGAUCUACAAGAUGAACACGAAGAACUUAAGACUUCGCUUGGUAACAAAGACGGCAUUCAUGCAACUACGAUCGUCGCUGUAGAUAAAACCAGUGAGAUUGAAAUACUGCGCGCGAAAAUCGACGCUUUGGAAAGCGAUGCGGAACGUUAUCGCCGUGCAAUCGGAGAGCUCGACAAAACUAACAAAUCGUUUCAAGAAAGGGAGUUGGAGUUGCAGAACGCCGAUAGAGAAAAGACGAUGCAUCUUGACAUCGCCGUGAAAAAGAUACGUGCUUUGGAAAAAGACGUUGGUAUGUUUGCCAGACAGAGCAGUGAGCUCAAAGCUGAGAUAAGGGCUCUAAAAAAUCGCGAUCACGAAUCUACUUUUGAUUUAAUGCACGGUGAACCAGCCAGUUCAUCCAACGGUGAGCCCGUGGGUGUUGUGGGCAGCGUCGCUGUAUUUUCACUAAGCGCUCGACUGGAAAGAAUGAAUGCUGAAAAGAAAAAGAUCGAGGCUGAAUUGGCCAACGCACAAAAGAAAGUGGAGAGUUUGACGAAUGAGAAUGCCAAUGUGAAGAAAAAGAAUCACGAGAUCGAGUGUAAACUUUUGAAAGUUAUGAUGGCUGAAAAUAUCCAAAAGCCAGAAAAGGUUGAUGUAGAAGCUAAACAUGAGUCGAGUAUUGACGUUGCGACGGAUAAUGGACAGCAACCCGCCUUAGGGCAAAUGAAGCGUAAAAAAGCGAGAAAGAUUAUUUUAUUGUAGCCAGUCAAACGUCAACAAAGUCGCGUGAAAUGAAUUCUGAUAACUUCAAACAACAAAAAUGGAAUGAAAAUGAAAAUUCGU